CCACGUGGUGGCGAUAGUUUCAAAGAACUAUGAAGUUGUUGCAGGUAUUCCACCCUUUGGGCCUGCCCGGACUGUGCUGGAAGGCCUCGAGUCAGAGGAUGCGUGUGAAGACAAGAAAGCUGUAAAAAAGGAGAUCCAUAACAAAAAGGGAGCCAAAAAGGACAAAAUGGAAGAGGAGAAUACAGACCUGCUCAGACUUUGCCACACAGUACCGCUGGAGGUGGUGAACUUAGGUGGGAAAAGUUACGAUCCAGAGAAGAAAGACUACCCAGGUUUUGAGGCCUGGUUGCAGUGUUACUAUGUGGAUGGAAUGAAGUCUGUACGCGACCACAAUGGCAGGACUAUGUGGUUCAAAGGCGAUCCAGGUCCUAUGGCUCCUAAAGAAUCAAAGUCUCCAAAGGCCAAAAAGAGAAAAGAUACAGAUGCAGACCAUGAUUACCCCCGCAAGAAAAAGGUGUCCAGGAAACACAACUCUGACAGCACAGUGAAGAAAAAAGCAGCCAAAAAGCCCACAAAAGCAGCAAAGGAAGAAGAAAAUGGACCUCAAGAAGAAGCCACACCCAGAAGAAGAUCAGCAAACACACCUCAGCAAGAACCGAAAUCCACGUCAGGCAGGAGGAAAAAAAACAAUACAGAGCCGGCUGCAGGUCUGAUUCUAAUAAUACUCCCAUUUUCUGAAAAUAUUAAGAGCCUGAUCUUUGAGGAUCCAAUUCCCACACACUUAUCUGUGUGCGCAAACUAUAAAAUUGCAUGUACUGUUGGUGGACGUGUUGUAUGUGAUCUACUUUGUGCAAUUGAUAGCUGCAAAAGUGGCGCAGAUCACCCUAUUUUUGUGUACUAGAAGCAUUAUGUGCCCUUGGAAACACUUCUUUCCCUCUACAUUCAUGUUAUUAUGCUCUCCACACUGGAGGGGGGCUUAUAUUAGAUUAUAGCACAUAUCGAUCAUCUAACACCUUUUCUGCAAUAUAGAAUCACAAUAUGUAUACUAUUUGCAGC